CGUCACCAAGCAGCAUGAAUGAAUGCAAAGACUGGGAGGGCACAAAUUUCAAACAUACUUGGCUAGGUAGCUCUCUUUUUUUGCACACAACCAUUCCAGAUGCUCUGAGCACCGAGACUUCGGCUGGUUCUUUGAGUCCACAAAGGUCCUUUAGAUGCGUCAGCAAGCCUUUUCAGAUCGUAGGAUUUCCCCAGGCAAAAAACUUCAUCAGCUGGAUUUCACUGAAAUCAGGCAUGCUUACUCCCUUACUUAACAAACAUUGCCUAAUUUAUCUUCUUCUGCACUACAUUUCAGGAAUAUCUGUGCUUCUCCAUUGAACAGUGUCUGGUGUCCCCAGAUGAAACAAACACUCUUUGUUCUGCUCAAGACAUGUUAGGCUAGUUAGAUUAUUCAAGAAGAUGGAGGUGACUGUAUCUUCAGUCACGAUGGUGACUACAGAUACAUAUCAUGGCAGCUCGCUCAGAAUCAACCUCAACAUUUCCUACAACACCACCUGGGAUGGUUCCUCCACCAACAACUCCAUGGAGGACAUCAUAGCCACCUGCACCUUCGGGACAAUCCUCUCCCUGAUGUGCAUUAUUGGGGUGUCGGGCAAUGUCUACACCUUGGUGGUGAUGUGCCACUACCUAAGAUACUCAGCCUCGAUGUACAUCUACAUCAUCAACCUGGCCCUAGCAGAUCUCCUCUACCUUCUCACCAUCCCCUUCAUUGUUGGGACCUACUUCAUCCAGGAAUGGUACUUUGGGGAUGCUGGGUGCCGCAUCCUCUUCAGCUUGGAUUUCCUCACCAUGCAUGCUAGCAUUUUCACCUUGAUGGUGAUGAGCACAGAGAGAUACUUGGCCGUCCUGAAGCCUUUGGAUACUGUGAAAAGGUCCAAGAGCUACCGCAAAGCCAUCGCCCUUGUCAUCUGGGUCGUCUCUCUCCUUCUCACCCUCCCCAUGCUCAUCAUGAUCCAGCUGGUCCAAGGGGGCAAGAACAUCUGCCUCCCAACGUGGAGCAAGCUGUCCUACAAGAUCUACAUCACUGUCCUCUUCUGCACCAGCAUUGUGGGCCCAGGGGUGGUCAUUGGCUACCUUUACAUCCGGCUUGCGAGAACCUACUGGGUGUCCCAAACCACCUCCUUGAAAGAGACCAAGCGGCUCCCCAACCAAAAAGUGCUUUAUUUGAUCUUCGCCAUCGUGCUGGUCUUCUGGGCCUGCUUCUUGCCCUUCUGGAUAUGGCAGCUCCUCUCCCAAUACUGCGAGCCUUUCCCAGUCUCUCAGAAGGCCACAAGGAACAUCAAUUACCUGACCACCUGCCUGACCUACAGCAACAGUUGCAUCAACCCUUUCCUCUACACCCUGCUGACCAAAAACUAUAAGGAGUACUUGAGAAACAGGCAACGCUCCUUUAACAGCAGCCACAGUGGCUACUUCCAGAGGAGGAGCAGGUUUCAGAGAAGCUCAGGGAGAUCCUUGUCCACCAGCAGCCAGCACUACACCGAGACCUUUGUGCUCCCUCCCCUCCCUGGGGGAAGCAGCACUCCCUGAAGGAACAAGAACACCACCAGAGUGCCACAGCCAACAAAGUAGCCUUGACAGAGAGCAGGAGCCUGCAAAGGCAAGCCUCUCACAAGCAGGGAAGGGCACCAAGUACCAAGAAGGAGACACAAAAAAGAC